UCUCUAUUUGAUGGGCUGCAAUUGGUCAAGGAAACCAUCCCAAAACGAAGACUCUGCUCUUCUUGCAGCUCAGACAUGUUUCAGUGUGAAGGAAGUGGAAGGUUUGUAUGAGCUGUUCAGGAAAUUAAGUAGUUCACUUACUGAUGAUGGGCUUAUUAGCAAAGAAGAAUUUCAGCUUGGACUUUUCAGGAACAGGAAGAAGCAAAACCUCUUUGCUGACAGGAUAUUUGAUUUGUUCGACGAUAAACACGACGGGGUGAUUGAAUUUGGAGAGUUUGUCCGAUCAUUGAGCAUUUUCCAUCCAAAUUCUGCUGAAGCGGACAAAGUUGCUUUCGCAUUCCGAUUGUAUGAUAUAAGGCAGACUGGUUACAUCGAAUGGGAAGAGGUCAGGGAGAUGCUAAAGGCACUUCUAAACGAAUCGGACAUUAGCCUUUCAGAUGACAUUGUUGAAGCUAUCGUCAAUAAGGCAUUUGCUGAAGCAGACACAAAAGGUGAUGGGAAGAUUGAUGAGGACGAAUGGAAGGAAUUUGUGGCUCAGAAUCCAUCUUUAAUGAGGAAUAUGACGAUUCCAUAUCUAAAGGACAUUACUACUGCAUUUCCAAGCUUUGAGUUGAGAUCAGAAGCUGAAGAUACGGAUAUCGAUGACUAGCAUACAAACUCGAACAGCAAUCCGAGCUCAAACGAGCCUGAUUCUGUCUACGCCUAUGAUCAACCUGAUCUCUAUGAUAACAAGAAAUAAAAGGCUUAAAGAUACAGAAAAUCACUUACAAUGUGCAGUUCUGUUUCUUGCAGAACCACCCCAAAGUUGAGCUCCAGCUGCUAGAUUAUCAUAGUUCUAUGAUAACUUGUAUAAAUUGCAAAAGGGGAAAAAUGAAAAAACAGAUUGGAGAAACAGAACAACACUACAUAUUGAUGUAUAUGACUUUGUGGACAAACACCAUCAACCAUAACAAGCGGCAAAGCAACAUAAGCCAAAACUGCUGCUGCAAAUAUACAAUACUACCAUGAAACUUCAAGAAAUGGUUUUGUAAAAAACUUCUUGUGGAGAAAAUGUGGCUUGUCACACACCCGCAACUGCGUGUGUACCAUUGCCUGACCCAAGUUCGCUUCCCUGGGUUUUCAGGCAAUGAUUGUUUCUGACAUCCAUGACUGGCUCAUACCGUCUAUGGUACCAUGUCCCGUAAGUUCAAGGGAUAACAAACGUCUACAUGCAGGCCAGACCACGCAUUGUCUGCAAUGAUAGCAUUAACCGCAUCAGUUGGAUGAAACUGGUCCCACCAGACGUGGUUCGAGGCAUUAACGCAAGCCAUUUCUGGUGAUAUGCACAUGAUCAAACCUCCAUAUCGACCUAACCCGCAGCAAGCAUCGGUGACAGUCUCAAAACCUGCAUGGGAUUGUAAUGCUUAGUUCGUGAGCGGCAGAUACUUAUAAGGACAGAAACAUACUUAUCUCACCGUAAUGCCGGUAAUUUCUGAGUAUAUCCAUGGAACCUUCAAACACAUCGCAGAAGGUGACCUUGGCAUCAGGGAGCUCCCAACGGAGCUCAUCAAUCACAUACCGCAUGGCAAAGUUGAACUCUAUCACCAUGUCAUUUAUCUCUUCUACACAGUGCCCAUCCUGGCUAUUAUAUUUCCAUAAGUAGUGAGGAGUGCAACCGAGAGGAGCCAUCCCCAUGACCACCACUCUCCGGACAUUAGCAUUGUACAAGUUCUGCACAAACCAUCACGGUCAUGUAAGGAUAUGAAAUUCUCAUGUACAACUUUCGGCAGGCGAGGUGACAAGCAUCAAGCAGGGAAAAGAGACUGCACUCUUGAAACGUUAGGCAGAUAGUAGUGUAUAUAAUCGUUGCUUCCAAUAGAAAAAUAGAAGACCGACUUUGAGAUCAUAUCGUUUGCUGCCUCUUCUCCCAUGCUCAACACAAACUGCUGGAAGGUAUCCAUUGCUUGCUGAAUCUGCUGUGUUAGGGAGAUGUGCUGUCCCUGAAGAAAUCAUGGCCAAGAAUCUUUACAUAUGCAAUGAUGUUGUCCACAGCAUCUUAUAACUGAUAUGGUAAUGAAAUAGUCAAUUGAUGGAGUUCUCCCAAACUGUUUGAUUCCCUGAGAUUGUCUAUGAACGUUUCAAUCGAAGAGGAGAUGGGAUGCAAAGGUAGCUUCCUCUUUCUCUGAAACACCACUGUUCUAACUACGGCUUGUGGAAGUUAUGUAUGGAGUUAUACUUGUAUGUCAACAGCUAUCAAAGAUGAA